UUACGUAAAGCAAGCUAGGGAAUUUUUUAGAAAAUUGCACCAAUUUUUUAAUAAAAUUAAAGUAUUUCUUGAAUUGACUUAUAUUGGAAGUUCGGAAAAACAAGAAAUUAAUUCAUUUUCUACAGAAUUCACCAGGUUGUUGGGUAUAAUUUUUUCAUACUUGUGAACGCAUUUCUGAUCGUGAAUUAUUUCCAGCUGUUGAAACAAUCCUACUCAGCUUACACUGUCAUUCGUCAACAGACUUUGAAAUAAGACUUGCCACUAACAUUAAGUCGGUUAAGUUAUAUGAAGAAUAAUGGAUUAAGUAUUCGGAUGAUCAGGUUGAAUCACUUGAUGGUGACCCAUCUGACGACAAUUUAAAGGAUCACAUUUUUUUAAAGAAUGUGAGAAAUUUUGUGCAAUUUUCUUGAUAAAUAAUAAAAUAUGUUCCUUAAUCAGAGUUGUUUAUAAAUAAUGAUGUACAUUUUUAUGAACGAAUCAAUGAAGGACGAUUUUUACUUCUUAAAAAGCUCCAAGCUUUUGCUGUCCAUUUUCACUGCAAGAGAACUGAAAAUGGUACGUCGUGGAAGAAUUCUAAACCAGAAUAUUCCCAGUAAAUUGGCCAAUCAUAAAAUGGUCAUAAUGUUGUGUCACUUGUCAUACAAUUGUGGAAAAUUGGAUGGCAAUAUGAGAGGGAAAAGUUGCGGGGAAAAUCGACAUCUGGUUUAAACGACGUACACCGCCUCGAAUAUUAAAUGAGAUACGUCGACUUUACACGAAGCUCUCUGCACCAUAGCACCAGGUGCACUCAGGAAGGCAACAUGGAAUCACUUCGAAAUAGUUUCCUUCUCCUCCAGUACUGUGGGAUGUGGCCGUCACAUCAUUGGUCUCCCAACAGUUUCAAAUUCCGGAUUUACAGCCUGUACACUUUUUGUAUACUAGCUAUGAUCAAUGCAUUUGUCGUGUCUGAACUGUUUUGUUUGUCAGCAAUCAGAAGCAUUGAAGACUUCGCUGAUAAUUGUUUUAUGCUCAUGUCUAUGGCAGCUGCAAGUGGAAAAGGUAUUAUCAUUUUGAUGAUGAAAGAUGAACUUAUUACCGUACUCAAUGCACUGGAUCAUUACCCACACAAACCUAUGCAUGUGGACGAAGAGAACAUUCAGAAUAUGUUUACUCGACGUAUCAGGUUGAUUUUUAUACUUUACGCUGGUCAAUUGGAGAUUGGAGUAUGGUUUAUGAGCAUCUUCGUAUAUCUGCAAAAAUUGCCCUUUGGAGUUUUACCGUACAAAGCAUGGAUACCCUGGGAUUAUUCAGCCCCCAAAAUGUAUUGGUUUCUCUAUUGGUUUCAAAUGAUUUCUGUCAUUAUUGGAGCGAACGUUGUUAGCGCUUCUGAUACUCUCAUUUCCGGAUUUAUGAUACUGAUCUGUGGCCAGCUUAAUAUUCUAAAAUGUCGAUUGGAGAGGGUAAUCGAGGAAUUUGGGAUCGAAGCAGACUCAAAAUCGAAGAGAAUUCGAUCAGAUUUAGAAAAAAUCUGCGAAAGACGAAUUACGGCUUGUGUCGAGUACCAUUGUGCUAUUUUUGAAAUGGCCACUAAAAUUAAUUCCCUAUUCAGUAUCGUCAUUUUCCUUCAGUACACGGCCAGUUCAAUAAUUUUGUGUGUCAGUGUUUUGAUAAUGUCGCAGAUACCAGUGUCAUCUCCAAAAUUUAUGUCCCUUUUUUCUUACGUCUGGUGCAUGAUCUUGGAAAUUUUCAUGUUAUGUGCGUCCGGGAAUACAGCAACUAUAGAAUGCGAGAACUUGAACCAGGAUCUUUACUGCACCAAGUGGCAUCGGUUAACUAACCGGACGGAGAAAUACCUGUUGCUCUUGAUGGCCCGCACACUGCGACCGAUAGUGUUUGUGAGUGGACACAUUGUCGUUCUUUCGCUGGAGUCUUUUGCCAAACUCCUGAAACUCUCAUAUUCUGUUUAUACUGUGCUUCAACAUUCUAUGAAGUAAUGUUAUUAAAUAAGAACUCGUCAUAGUUUGAUAGGUGUGAUUUGUUGUCCAAAUGAUAGUAUCUCAAUAGUGCAGUGUUAAGACGAGACGUUUGGGGUAAAAUGAACCCCUACAGUCACAAAUAAGAGAAUAAAUAAUGGAUUGAGAAUAUUUCCGCUGUAUAUUACGAUGUA